AUGGACCCUGGAGGUAGUAUUGCUCAUGCUAGCGGCGAUGAUGGAACAUGGCCUUCUAGCAUAGGUGGUGGAGACUCAAAUGUUGUUUUAUGCAGCUUAGCUCGGCAGGUCAUAGAUGAGAUUGUACGGAGCUCUAGGGAGCAUGGAGGUCCAUCUGCAACCCAAAGUUGUACGAUAAAGAAAUUUACUAAGAUGAACCCUCCAAAGUUUUCGGGAGCAGCUGAUCCUACAGUUGCCGAGAACUGGAUACAAGAGAUAGAUAAAGUACUGAUGGUGCUUCACUGCACCGACGAGCAGAAGGUCCUCUAUGCCACGUGUAAUUUGAUAGGAGAGGCUAAGAGAUGGUGGACAACUACUAGAUUACUGGAGGAGCAUAAAUCUAUACCAGUGCCUCUGACUUGGAGCCGAUUGAGAAAGAUAUUCUUUGACAGAUAUUUUCCUACUACUAUCAGAGUGGCUAAAGUGCACGAGUUUUUGAGUUUGACUCAGGGGCCAUUGAUAGCUCAACAGUAUGCUGCAAAAUUCAUCGAGUUGUCACGAUUUGAUCCAUACGUAGUGCCAGAUGAAGCUAAGAAGUCUAGGAUGUUCGAGAGAGGCUUGAGGCAAGAUAUAUAUAAGCAAGUAGCGGUUCUAAAGAUGCAGAACUUCUCUAAAUUAGUUGAAAGAGCCAUAGUAGCAGAGGAGAACGAACAGAAAGAUGUGGGAGUACCAAGCCAGAGGAAGAGGACCAUGCCUCCAGGAUUUCAGACGGGUUCCAGUCGGGGCCCAUGGAGAGAAGAUCGGUAUAGAGGAGGCUAG